AGCACCGUCGCGGGGACGGCGACGCUCUCCCCCCGGCGGCAGGCAGCAAGGUCGGGGGAAGAGUGGUGGUGAGCCGGAGGGCGAGUUAGCGCGCCGGUGCUGAGCGCGGGGGUGCUCAGAGGCUGUUGAGCCGUUGACCGGACGUGAACUUUUCGCCAGGUUCCCCUCGGGUCCACUUCACUCAGGGAGGGGUCAGAGGGGGGCAGAAACAAGGAAGUGGACGCGGCGGGGUCUCUUUUUACGACCUUUUUUGCGGACAUUUUCUGCAUUGGUGAAGAUCAACACAUGACUCAACUCAUUGUCCUGUCAAAAGGAACAAAGAUUUCAAACUUGACUCCAGACGGGCAUCUCAUUCAGUGAUUGGGGGACAGACAUUGCUGACUCCUGUGUUCGAGCGACUUCCUCGGGAAGCGGGACAUAUCUGGAAAUCAAAACGUGAGCGGGACCUGGACAUGUUGCACACGUGAUGUCCCAAUCCCGUGACGGACGGCGGCCAGACGGCGGGGAUGGUCCCAAGCGGGGCGGCGCCGACUUCUCCGACGACGAGGUCGACAAACGGCCAAUGGAGGCGGACGUAAAGAUCGACAUGUUCCGAGAGGAAGAUGUGGAAGACGAAGAGUCGCCGUCCGGGCGACAGAUCGUGGUGGGCAUCUGCUGCAUGAUGAAGAAGUCCAAGUCCAAGCCCAUGACGCACAUCCUGGAGCGCCUCUGCAAGUUCGACUACAUCGAGGUGGUCGUCUUUCCCGAGGACGUCAUCCUGGACCAGCCCGUGGACAAAUGGCCGCUGUGCGACUGCCUCAUCUCCUUUCACUCCAAAGGUUUCCCACUGGACAAAGCUGUGGAAUACGCUCAACUCAGGAAUCCUCUUCUCAUCAAUGACCUCAACAUGCAGUAUUUCAUCCAAGACCGGAGGGAAGUGUACCGCAUUCUCCAAGAAGAGGGCAUCGAACUACCUCGCUACGGCGUGCUCGACCGAAAUCCGGACAAUCCUGAAGAGUGCAACCUGGUGGAGGCCGAGGACCACGUGGAGGUCAACGGGGAGGUCUUCCCCAAACCCUUUGUGGAGAAGCCCGUGUGCGCCGAGGACCACAACGUCUACAUCUACUACCCGACGUCAGCGGGCGGCGGCAGCCAGAGACUUUUUCGAAAGAUCGGGAGUCGUAGCAGCGUCUAUUCCCCGGAGACCAGCGUUCGCAAGACGGGCUCGUACAUCUACGAGGAGUUCAUGCCCACGGACGGCACGGACGUCAAGGUGUACACCGUGGGGCCGGACUAUGCCCACGCGGAGGCCCGCAAGUCUCCGGCGCUGGACGGCAAGGUGGAGCGAGACAGCGAGGGCAAGGAGAUCCGAUACCCCGUCAUGCUGACCGCCAUGGAGAAGCUGGUCGCCCGAAAAGUCUGCCUGGCCUUCAAGCAAACGGUGUGCGGCUUCGACUUGCUCCGAGCCAACGGCCACUCGUUUGUCUGCGACGUCAACGGCUUCAGCUUCGUCAAAAACUCCAUGAAGUAUUACGACGACUGUGCCAAGGUGCUCGGAAACAUGGUGAUGAGAGAGUUGGCCCCUCAGUUCCACAUUCCCUGGUCCAUCCCGAUGGAAGCCGAAGACAUCCCCAUUGUGCCCACAACCUCAGGAACCAUGAUGGAGCUGCGCUGUGUGAUCGCCAUCAUUCGCCAUGGCGAUCGCACACCAAAGCAAAAGAUGAAAAUGGAGGUUCGACAUCCUCUAUUCUUCGAGUUGUUUGAUAAGUGUGGAGGUUACAAGUCAGGAAAGCUCAAGUUGAAAAAACCAAAACAGCUUCAGGAAGUGCUGGAUAUCGCUCGUCUGCUGCUGCUGGAACUUGGCCAACAUAACGACUGUGAGAUUGAGGAGAAGAAGUCCAAACUGGAGCAACUCAAGACCGUCCUGGAGAUGUAUGGUCACUUCUCAGGUAUCAACAGGAAAGUCCAGUUGACGUACUUGCGUCACGGACAACCUAAAGCCUCCAGCGAAGAGGAAGACUCCAAGAGGGAGAGCCCGUCUCUGCUGCUGGUCCUCAAGUGGGGCGGCGAGCUGACGCCUGCCGGCCGGGUCCAGGCCGAGGAGCUGGGUCGAGCCUUUCGCUGCAUGUACCCCGGAGGCCAAGCCGGUCGCCACCGGGCCCUCGGCUGCGAGUCCCCUAUUGAUUUUGGCGACUACGCCGGCUACCCCGGGUGUGGCCUCCUCCGCCUGCACAGCACUUACCGCCACGACCUUAAGAUCUACGCCUCCGACGAAGGCCGCGUGCAGAUGACGGCCGCCGCCUUUGCCAAGGGGCUCCUCGCUCUGGAAGGUGAGCUGACGCCCAUCCUGGUUCAGAUGGUCAAGAGCGCCAAUAUGAACGGGCUGCUGGACAGCGACAGCGACUCGUUGACCGACUGCCAGCAAAAAGUCAAAGCCCGGCUCCACGAGAUCAUGCAGAAGGACCAGGACUUCUCACAAGAAGAUUAUCAGAAGCUGGCGCCAACAGGGAGCCUGUCGCUGGUGAACUCCAUGAAAAUCAUACAGAACCCGGUCAAAACCUGCGACAAAGUGUACACACUCAUCCAGAGUCUCACCUCGCAAAUUCGAAAGCGGCUGGAAGAUCCCAAGUCUUCAGACCUACAACUGUACCACAGCGAGACCCUGGAACUGAAGCUGCAGCGCUGGUCCAAACUGGAGCGAGAUUUCCGCAUGAAGAGCGGCCGCUACGACAUCAGUAAGAUCCCGGACAUCUACGACUGCAUCAAGUACGACACGCAGCACAACUCCUCGCUGGACCUGGACGACACACUGGAGCUCUUCCGCCUCUCCCGAGCGCUGGCCGACAUCGUCAUACCACAGGAAUACGGCAUCACCAAAGCCGAGAAGCUGGACAUCGCUCAGGCCUACUGCGUCCCUCUGAUGAAGAAGAUCCAGCUGGACCUGCAGAGGACGCACGAGGACGAGGCUGUCAACAAGCUGCACCCUCUGUACUCGCGUGGGGUGAUGUCGCCGGGCCGUCACGUCCGCACGCGUCUUUACUUCACCAGCGAGAGCCACGUCCACUCUCUGCUCAGCGUCUUCCGCUACGGAGGACUCUUUGACGAUGAAAAAGACCAGCAAUGGAAGCAGGCCAUGGACUACCUGAGCGCUGUGACUGAGCUCAACUACAUGACGCAGAUUGUCAUCAUGCUGUACGAGGACAACAACAAGGACCCCUCGUCGGAGGAGCGUUUCCACGUGGAGCUGCACUUCAGUCCGGGGGUCAAAGGUUGCGAUGACGAGGAAAACGUUCCGCUCGGCUUCGGCUUCCGGCCGGCCUCCUCAGAGAAUAAAGACAAAAAGCCAAACCAGGGCAGCCUGGAGGAUCUCUCUCAGGACCAAACGGACCAGGCGCUCCAAGUUUACGAGCCAAUCAACAUCCAGAAACGCUCACCCAUCAUUCGCAACCGCAAGACGGGCUCCAUGGAGGUCCUCUCCGAGACUUCGCUCAGCCAGUCGUCCAAAGGCUGCACGUCGCAUCGACUCCACCCUUCGAGCUCGCGCCAGUCGCCCGAAGUCAAAGCAGCCAGCAGCCUUGGCUCUCACAGCUCAGGCCUCUUCAGCGCCUCCAUGCUGGGGGUGUCCAGUAGCGCCCCCAACCUGCGGGACUACGUACGCACGCACCACCACCACCAUCACCACCGAAAACCCCCCCUGUCCCCCGGCAGCCUGUCCAGCCAGAUUGGCAUGUUUGAGCUGUUGUCUAUGCCGCCAGUAAAGAGAUUUUCUGUGUCGUUUGCCAGGCAUCCGACUAACGGUUUCGAAGGCUGCUCGAUGGUGCCCUCUAUCUACCCGCUGGAGACGCUGCACAACUUGCUCUCGCUGAAGCAAGUGGAUGAGUUCCUCAACGCCGUGUGCGAGAGCGGCAGCGAGGCCCACGCCAAGACCAUGAAGGCGUUGUCGGGACUUUUCGACUCGCAGACCCGGACGUCGCUGGACAGCCCCCAAGCGCCGGGCUCCGAGCCGUCGCUGCGACCGCCCGGCCGGCCUCUUUGGCACAAAGAGGCGAGCGUCCCCUCCAGCGCCGUGUCCAGCGCCGGCCCUUCCUCCCCCAUCGUGGAGAACCCGGCCCUCAGCUUCAACUUGAGCGAGUGACACACGGUUUCUUGUUUGAUGCACUUUAGGAUCACUCCCACUUUGUUGACGUCGACUGCAGCAAUUAGACAGCACCCAAAUCUGAACACCGGUUGUGCCUUGAGCUUUUUACUUUGUUUUCAUUGUUAGCUGCUAAAGAUUUUGGAGCAGCAACGCUUUAACUAUUUUUGGAAAUGUUCAAGUAGUUUCACAAAUAGCCACUUUGGGGAAGUUUUUGCUUUACGUCCAACAUUUAUUUGAAAAUCCAAACGGUCUUGCUGACAACGACUCAACUUUUUGUUGAGAUGAAUGUUUAGUUUGCCAGCAAUCAAAUUAGACGUGAUUGUUUUGAUUUUCCUGUUGUCAGAAUUUUUGUUUUUGCUCACUAGUUUGUAUGCACCGAUGCAGCCAUUCAAAACGUUGACUGAAGCACUGACGUUCGUGUGAACAGAACUAGAACAAAAUGUUUGUUGGGUUGAUUCAACGGCGAAUCGCUUUGGAUGUCAUGUUUGUUGUUAUUGUCUCAUGAUGUUUUUAUUUCUAAAGAAAAGUCAAGUGUUAACGUACCUAAAUGCAGAAAUAAAAGCAGUUCACAUUCUU